AAAAUUUAAAAAAAUAGUAGUAAGAAGGAAGAAAGAAAGUAACCUAUUGUACUUUCGCGCUAACACGCGAUCCAUCCAGAAGUCUCCGUCUACCGGAAUCUCUCCAUCUUAUAAACUCUGCAAACGGAUCGAAUCUCAAACCGCCAAUUUGUCCAACCUCCGAUCUUUCUCGAUCAUUUUGCCGUCCGCCAAACAUCUUUGAUUAAAGCUUUGUUUCUCUGUUAUCCUUGGAUUUGUACUUGGCGUUUCGAAGAUGUGGAACCAGCCGCCGUUUAGGAAGACUGAUGUGGAGUCCGGAUCCACGCCGCUGUACCCGAUGAUGGUCGAGAGCCCGCAGCUCCGAUGGGCGUUCAUUCGGAAGAUCUACUCCAUCAUUACCAUCCAACUGCUCGCCACCAUUGCCGUCGCGGCUACUGUUGUUUAUGUUCGCCCGAUUUCUACAUUCUUUGCGACUACUGGGGCAGGCCUGGCUUUGUACAUCCUUCUCAUCAUUACGCCUUUUAUAAUGUUGUUCCCGCUCUACUAUUACUAUCAGAAGCACCCGGUAAAUUUGAUUCUCCUGGGUAUUUUCACGAUAUCUUUUGCGUUCGCGAUUGGGUUGACUUGCGCGUAUACAAGCGGGAAAGCAAUUCUCGAGGCUGCAAUUCUAACUGCCGUGGUUGUGGUUAGUCUCACCCUGUACACGUUCUGGGCGGCCAGAAGAGGCUAUGAUUUCAACUUCCUUGGUCCAUUUCUGUUUGGUGCUCUGAUUGUCCUCCUGUUCUUCGGUCUGAUUCAGGCCUUCUUCCCAUUGGGUCGGACUUCUAUGAUGAUCUAUGGGUGUGUGGCGUCCAUCAUUUUCUGUGGAUACAUCGUCUUUGACACCGAUAAUCUCAUAAAAAGGUACUCAUACGACGAGUACAUAUGGGCGUCUAUUGCCUUGUAUUUAGACAUCAUCAACCUUUUCCUCUCUCUACUACAAAUCUUUAGAGCAGCUGAAAAUUGAAGAGGGUUCACAUUGUUGUUAGGUGUCCACUGAGAUUUUUCCUUUGUGAAACAGGAUCAUUGUUAUUAAUAAAUGUUCGUACGCUCUCUCUCUCUCUCUCUCCCUCUUCUUCUCCCCUGUUAAUAACACCGUUGUGAAAAGCAUCAAACUGUAAUGUUUCUUUUACUGUUUACAGGUGAUAGGUUGAGUCUCAUGCCAAUUGUAACUAAAUAGAUUAUAUCCCGAAAUGCACAUACUUGUACUUGAAAGUCA